GUUCGAUCCGUGGCCAGCGCGGUCCUUUGCUUUGGAGCCAACGUCACGUCUUGUCUGCUCCGAAGACCGGCCUUCGCCCUGCGCGACACAGACAUCGCGCCCGAAUACCUGCGGCACCUGACCGCACCUUGGACGGAGAGUGCCAACAUGCUGGCAUGGAUGCCCAUCCUCGAUGCGGAGACCUUGCCUCUGAACCCACUGGAUGCAAUGCAGCGCGGGAAGUACAACAAGGUGCCCACGAUUCUGAGCUCGGUGACCAACGAGACCUUGGCCUUCGUUCCCACGGAGCUGAUGAGGCUUGGCAACAAUUGGCCAUCUUACCAUGAGACGCUGCGGAUCGUCUUCCGCGAGCGGGCCGACAAGGUGGCGGCGCACUAUGCGGCUUCACCAGACAGCUCAGCCCUGCCCCCGGCGCGACGUGCUGCAGUGGUGACCACUGAUGCACUGAUGACCUGCUACGUCCGCUACGCCGCGAGGGCGCUGGCGGCUCAGGGCGAAACGUACCUGUCUACAUUCAUGUUGCAGCCCCACAGCAGCCAGAUGCAAUUGAACUCGCUUUGUGUCGAGGGGCCGCCAGCAGGAGCCUCGUGUCACGCGGCCGACGUACUCUAUCAGAUCCCAACUUCGCCACGCAUGACCCAACGCACCAAGCUGUUCUAUGCCACCGAUGCGGAGUCGAAGCUGGCACGACACUACACGCGCGCCAUCAUCCAGUUCGCGUCGGGAAGGCAGUCGGACUUCGUGCAGUACAAUGCCACCGAGGAUGUAAGCAGUCGAUGGAGCAUCACUGGGAAGUCAACGCUGCAGAGAUACCACGAUCAUCAUUGCAACUUCUGGGAAGAUGUGGGUUAUGCUGCGGACGUUUGGAGAGGGGACAAUGGCACCACGCACAUUCCGCAGUUCGUCGUUUGA